GCACAGGCGUUGACGGACCAGAGGAGAUGGAACUGGAGAUCACUUGUGAGGGAAGCGCCGACAACAGCACGACAUGUAAUCAACUUCAGUGUGUUGGACCUUGUGACUGGGACGUCCUGACCGUGCGAGAAUGCUCAAACAAAUGCAACGAAUCCGCGCCAUGUAUGGAAAGUUGUAUGCGACUGAGUGAUCUCAGGGAGAGCUUCACCGAUCAUCAGGAGCCGGCGAAAAGUCGCAGCUCGUUGUUACAGACGCCACCGGAACUCGUCUGCCGGGACACGGCGGAUUCCGGCGACGGUGGUGCCCUCUCUACGAUAUUCAUCAAAUGGAACGUCGAACAUAGCAAGGAUGGAGUCGCCUCUAAACACGUGGUUGUGUUUGUUGUGGAAAUACGCUCACACUCCGAGUGGAUUUCUUUCGGAAAGACGCUUCACUUCUUUAUUCCCAUCUACAAACUGCGUCCCUCGAGUGAAUAUCAGAUCAGGGUGACGGCCGUGCUGCCGGACGGUGUUGCUGCAGAGCCACAAGUAUCCGAGUGGAUCAAAACGCUUCCAGUCGGAGCGCUACCCCAGCCGCCUUCCAACAUCACCUUCGCCAACAUGAGAGUGCGCGGCGCGUCUGUGGGCGUUGACGUCAAUUGGAUCCCGCCUCCAGAGAGAACGUGUUACUACAACAUAUACUGGUACUCCUCAUCGAGUAGUGGCUACGGGGAUGGUAUCGUGAGAAUGCCGUACGAGUUCGUCUAUAGAAUCGAGCACUUGGACUUUGGGACGAACUAUACCAUCGUAAUGCACUCGACCUACCACUCACAACACGAGAGCAGAGAGGCAACGAUGUGGCUACUAACGACCCCGUGUCUAGAAGCUACUAACUACGAUUACAAGGCCUGUGUUGCCGGUGAGAGCGUUGGCAGUGUGUCGGCUGUCUACACGGUGGUACUGCCCGCCUGUGCAGUAACACUGAUCGUCAUCAUUGUCCUGCUUACUAUCGGCGUAUACCGGAAACUCCGCAUCCUGGGAAGGAACGUUAAGGUUCAGCUCACAGACAAUGUUCUUUACCGGUGUCUGAACGGAACUGCAGCACCAAAUGGAGUGCAGUCUAACGAUUCGGUGAAAUUCGACAAGUUCGAGAUCAAUUUUAGCUCGCUAGUUUUCGAGGAAGUGCUUGGUGAGGGCGCAUUUGGGAAGGUGGUUAGGGCGCGAGUCGUGAAGCAGAUCGAGGAGAUGCGCCACCUGCCGGACUUCGUAGCUGUGAAGAUGCUGAAAGAUGCUGCGGCAGUUCAGGACACGCAAAACCUGCUCGAUGAGAUUGAGAUGAUGAAAUGCUUGGGAAAACACGCGAAUGUCAUUAGCAUUCUCGCGUGCGUGACGACAGCGCCAACGAUAUGCCUGGUGGUGGAAUAUUGCGAGAAUGGCGAUCUUCACACAUAUUUACGACAGCAACGAGAAAAU